CUCUCUGAAUUUUAAAUUUUAUUUCUGUUCUUUUUUUAUAUUUUUUCUUUACUUUUCUCUAGAUUUUUUUUAUGUGCCUAUGGCUGGGUUGGAUUUAGGAAGUAGAUAUCUAGCUCACCUCCAAACGCCUGGAGAUGAUCCAGCAAAUCAUGGAGCUCAUUUCUCCUCGGGCGGUGGCGGCGAUCACGACGACGAUGAUCCCCAUCAACCCUUCUCCGGGUCGGGGGAUAUCGUUGGCCGCCGCCCCCGGGGCCGGCCACCCGGUUCUAAGAACAAGCCGAAGCCGCCGGUGAUCAUCACGCGCGAGAGCGCCAACACACUACGCGUCCAUAUUCUAGAGGUCGGCAGCGGCUGCGACAUCUUUGAUUGCGUCGCUGCUUACGCUCGCCGCCGGCAGCGAGGGAUCUGUAUUCUGAGUGGCAGCGGCAACGUCACAAAUGUCAGCCUCCGGCAGCCGGCGGCGGCCGGGGCAGUGCUGACCCUUCAUGGGAGGUUUGAGAUUUUAUCACUCUCUGGAUCUUUUCUUCCGCCGCCGGCUCCGCCGGGCGCCACCAGUUUGACUAUAUUUUUGGCCGGAGGGCAAGGGCAGGUGGUGGGGGGAACGGUGGCCGGAGAAUUAACGGCGGCCGGACCGGUAAUUUUGAUUGCUGCUUCGUUUACUAAUGUGGCGUACGAGAGAUUGCCACUGGAUGAGGAGGAUCAGCAGCAGCAGCUACAAGUACAACAACCAUCGUCCGGUGGCGGCGGUGGCAGCGGUGGCGGAGUGAGCAGCAACAACAACAACCCAUUUCAAGACCCAUCAAAUUCCGGCCUUCCGUUCUUGAAUUUGCCUCUUCAUAUGCAAAAUGUUCAACUUCCACCCUUCUGACACACAAUUUUUACCCCAUUUGAGGGUUUGAAGAGGAAAAAAGAAAUCAAGAACACCCCCAUCCAUCAAAUCUCUGUCAAUGUUUAGAUUUGGAAAAAAAAAAAGAACAAAAAAAAAAGAGUAGCGCGGAUCGGGAAUCGACUAACCGGUUUGAAUAGAGAAGGUUUCGGAUGCCUUAACGGUUGAGCCGAGUUGGCAUUUGAAGGUCAGCCAUUGAACCUUAUGAACCCUUCUUUUUAUUAUUAUUGUUAAUUACAUCUUCUUCUUCUUCCUUAUGUGUGGAUGUUGUAUACUUUUAAUUAGCUUCUUUCCCUUCUCUUCUCUUUUCAAUUUAAGAUAUUUCUUUCU